AUGCGCCUCGACACGUACGAAAAGCGGAAGAGCUCUUUGGCUAAGCAUCUGGACUAUGAGCACUGGACACCGGGUCCUUACAUAUCAUUUACCAGCAGUCCAGCUGUGAUCCAGGGCUAUGUUAUGAAGAGGAGCGGAAGGAGUCGCGGGCCCCAUACGCUGACUGUUAUCGACCCAAGCAAGCGGAUAAGUAUGGGGCUGCCCAUACUGGACGUCCUGGCUGAGAUGCAGAGUUACAGGAUUCCGGACCCCUACGGACGAGGCAAUCAAUAUUGUUUCGGCGAACACGUCUGCCUGUGGCAAGUCAUCGAAGCCGAAAUUGUGGGACACUUCCCAUGGGACUACCUCGAACAGAAAGAUAACUGGUACCAAGACAUAAUCCUGCCCGCGUUUAGGGAGUUCACAGAACAGCACAGAGUCAGGCCCGCUCAAGGCUCCAUUGAUGACUUGCUUCGUGUUGGACAUGAUGAUUCUCAGUCUUCAGACACAGGCUCUGCGGAUGGAAAUCAAAACUAUUACUCUGACAUUGAAGAAGAUGCAGACUUUGUAGAAGGGCUUAAAUGCCGCUAUCCUGAUGGAGAAUAUGAUUGGGACACGGAUGAAGACGUGGAAGAAGCCAGUGCAGCUGAUGACAUGAUAAAGAUAAUCGAAGGCGACUGGAGGUGA